AUGAGCUUCCUCGCCGGCCGCCUCGCGGCCAAGGAGGGCGCGUACUUCCUCCAGGAGUCAAAGACCGCCGUCGGCCGCCUCGCGGAGAAGCUCCCGCCCUCCGCUUCGGCGCCCGGGGGCGCGUCGGCGCAGCCCUCCCCCGACGUUCUGCCGGAGAUCCUUCGCCACUCCGUGCCCAUCAAGGGGACGCCCCCCCCGGCCGAAGCCUCCCUCUCCGCGUCCUCCCGCUGGGCCCUCCCGCCAGGCGGCGCCGAGGCUGCGGGCUUGCACCCCGACGCGCUCAACCCGCUCCGCUCUUACGUCUCGCUGCCGCAGGCCACCUUCGGCCCCAAAAGAUGGCAGCUUCCGAAUGAACAACCUAGCUACUUGGCGUCAACAGCCAAUGAAAGGCGGCGAGAUAGGACCCCACCUCCCAUGGACCCUGAGAAGUUGAAAGCCGUAAUUGCUGGAUACUCGCAGAUUGGGAAGGCAUUCGUUGCUGCAACAUUUUUGGUGUUUGGAGGAGCAACAGCUGUGAUGUUGUACACGGCAGAUAAGCUACAGUUGCAUUCAGUAGAUGACGUGAAAACUAAAGGAAAAGAUGCACUGCAGCCACGAGCUGAUAUGAUUAAAGAGCAAAUAGCUCCAUUGAGAAGCUGGGCUGAAGAAAUGUCCCGAAAAUGGCAUUUCGAAGGCGAUAAAGAAGCAAAGGAGAAGUCUGUCAUCAUUAGAGAGCUUUCAAGAGCUCUGGGCUCCAGGACUACCCCUAGUUGA